GCCCUAGGGGCGGGGUCCCAUCUCCUAUAAGUUCGGGGCCCCGCCGGCUGCUGUGUCGGCGUGUAGCUGGGGGGUGCUGGCGCUGAGCUGUCUGUUGCAGCGUGCUCAGGGGUCCUGGUCCGGCUCGGCGAUGUCUGACCCAGCUCAGCAACCUGCUCCUGGGGCCCCCGAAGGGGGAGCCCCUGGUGGGGGGCCCCCUGGGCCACCCCCCAAUCUGAGCAGUAACCGCCGGCUGCAGCAGACGCAGGCACAAGUGGAGGAGGUGGUUGAUAUAAUGCGUGUAAAUGUAGACAAGGUGCUGGAACGAGACCAGAAACUGUCAGAGCUAGAUGACCGGGCAGAUGCACUUCAGGCCGGUGCCUCACAAUUUGAAAGUAGCGCAGCAAAACUCAAAAGGAAGUACUGGUGGAAGAACUGCAAGAUGAUGAUCAUGAUGGGAGUGAUUUGUGCCAUUGUGGUGGUGGUGAUUGUAAGUAAGUACCGAGAAGCCCAGGAUCAAAGGUGAAGAAGUAACAAUUCUAGAGUACUUGAAACUCUUCCUUUUUAGUUUGAGAUCUGGAGGGUCUUGAUUGCAUAAAUGUUAACUUCAGUCCUUGGGGAAGGGAGGUGGUGAUUGAACUCCCACGCUUACUGUGGAAAUGGUAUACUUUACACAGUAACAGAAGGAAUUGGGGGUGGCCAUCAUUGUAGAAAUGGGAAAUUCUGUCUGCCAGGUCAGGUAAACCUGUAAGUAUGAGGGGUGUUUACCCUGGAGUGGGUGGGUUGGCGAGCCCUUUCCCUGGUGGGGGAUUUGGAAGUCUCUGGGGGACCUUUGGUGUAACUUGCCCUUUUGUUCUUUCCUUUUUUUUUCCUAUUGCUUUGUCUCCAGUCUACUUUUUUACUUGAAUGUAGCUCCUUCAGUCUGCAGCCUACUGUCCCCUGUCCCCUUGCCUGUCUCUUCUUGCCCUUGAAUCUUCCCUUCCUUUCCCCUCCACCUAGCUUCUUCAUUGAUUUCCUUAUCGGUUUUAAUUUGUCUUCUGUAUAGGACUCUGAAGCGCUCUAUUGAACAUGGUUAGACUCUUCAACAGCUGCUGCAGCUUUAGGGAGGGUCAUCUGAGUGUAGAGGAAAGGGAAGUAUAGGAGGAGUGGGUAGCUAAUGCUCCUGCUCUUCUGCAGGGAAUUUUUGUGGUUUAUUUUUGGGUGUGAGCUUGUCAAAUAGUGCCUGUGUGGACUCUAGCAAAAUAAGAAUGCCUUAACGCAGUGCCUUUGGGGAUGAAGGACUUCAGCAUGUGAGAUUCUUUAGUAUUCUGCCUAAAAAGAGUGGCAGCAUGACUUAAGCUUUUCAUUGAGCUUCUGAAAUAAAGGCUAGUUUGUGUUGGUCAGUGACUGUGAGCCAUCUGACUGAGCUAGAUAUAGUCAUCUAGAUUUCUCUAGCCAUGGAGAGAUGAGCACUUAAAGAAAUGAUUUAUUCUGCCUGUCCUUAUUUUCAGAUGACUUGCUGUCUGAACAUGGCCAUUUCAGUUAUUAUAAAGGAGAGCCUACAUGAUUACCUCAGUCAAGUGCAACAGACUAAACACAGUUAAGUGAAAGGAGUUUUGUUACUAUCUAGAAGGCAUAUGUGGGAGUAAAAUCUCCUGCCAGAAGGAACAAAAGAAAAACAGUAAGGAGUCUGGUGGGGGGUGUCAAAUGUUCCUUUCAUCUAUGCAGACACAAGCCAGGACCCUGGGGCUUUCUGCUGUCUUGUAGCUUUCUGGAAGACUUUGGGGUAGUGGCAGAGUAGGAGUGGGAAUGGAUGUUUGGCUUUUGUGUUGCUGGGUUGAAUGUCAAAGGAAGUCCACUACAUAGCAGAUGGAGGUGAAGGAGACUGGAGGUAUUCCAGACGAGACUGAGUGAGCCACACAGCUUUCUGAUUAGGAAUACCUGUUCUGUUUCUGCUACCACAAAGUCCUAAUUUUCAGCAGGAGUUAGAAAAUACUUGGAAUGGUUAGCUAGGGAUUCAAAGGGAAAUGUUGCUCUGGGCAUCGGUAUUGCAAAGUGACAUCAGAUGUCCCAGUUUGGCAGCUUAGAUCUCUAGAGAUCUUCCCUAUCAAACUGAAAUCCUCCUACUUGCUAUGGGUUCUCUUAAAUUUACAUCCAAGAUGGUCUCUGCUGGAAGUAAACUUGCAGCAUGGAAUGCCAUGGCUUUCUGUAGGCAAUCCCCUUGUCCUCCUUCAGAAAUAACAGGAGCUGCCAGUUGCUUGAAUGUGUUGUCAAACCUGGGGUUAAAUGAGCUGCCCUGUUCCUCAGAUUCUGCAGUCUUCUGAGGAAUGUGCAUCUUGUCUUUUUUUACAAGCUGAGCUGUAGCCUGUAAUUUAGACUGGAAAGAGGGUACUCCUUUAAUUUAGGAAGCUCUACCUCAGUUCUAGAAUACCCUGGGAUCUGUCUAGGCUUAAGAUGAUGUGGGGAGGCAGGGGAGAACAUCAUGAGUUCCCAGAUGGGAGUGAAGAACAAAAGAUGGGAGGAGCAGAUGCUUUUUGUUUUAUUGGGUGUGCCAGGGAGGCUCCGUUCCUCCUCACAGGGCAUCUGGGAAGGGGCUAGGUUUUGCAUGCUCACUUCCAUGCCCCAGCAUUUCAUUUGCGCUGAGUUCAUCUCCCUGCAAUUCCAUCCCCCUUCACCUUGGGUGAGGGCAGAGAUGAAGAUCUGGAGUGAAGCAGCCCUCGUCCCCUGAGCACUUCCCUAAUUCCCUGUGGAACUGAGAUGUGAUGGACGGUCAGAAGUGCAUCUACUGAAGAGGAGCCAGGGCCUGCUUGUACUACUUACUGCUAUCAUUUUAGGGGGUGGGCAUACAAGCUUGAGGCCCCCAGACCAGCAAUUCUCUUGAAGUCUUCUAAAUAAGCCUUUGGUGCCCCAUUCCUCCUGUUCUUCUGGGGGCUGAGGUCCCCCUAGGCUGUCUCUUCCAUUUCUUUCUCUUAGAUGUUGUAUGUUGCCUCUUCUGCUCCCUUUCCCCUCCUUUGUGUCUCUAUGCAUGGGCAAAAAAAAAAAAUCACCAAGGCCCUCUUAAGUAAAAGCAAGGGACUCUGCUGUCCACAGCAUUACAGCCACUCACGCACGUGCAGUUUAUUUCCUUCCUCUAUAAACACAACUGUAAUCUCCUCUGGCAUGUUAUAGUAAUCAGCUCAUGUACUUUAAAUGGUCUCUAAGAAACACAAUUCACCACCUUA